GAGUAUGCGGCGCAGCGAAUGAACCGCAGCUUCGGAGACCGCAACCGCUCCCGCGACACCAUGUACCGCGGCCACGCUGGCGCACGCGCAGCGCUCCUGCUCGCUCUGAGCGCACUGGCGCCCUCGCUGUGCCUCGCUGACGAAGCCAUUUGCAAGGACACGAGCGGGAAGUACGAGACGUCGUACACGUGCGAAGGCUUCGAGGAUCCAGGCGACUUCGAGCGCCGUCUUGACCGUAGCGUCGUCCCUCGCUCGUCACGUGGACUAAGCUUCAUCCUUCGCGACUCGCGGCCGCGCGAUUUCCCCGUCGGCUGGCUGGAGGGCAUCAACGCCACUCUGCUCGAGUUCCAGAACGUAACUCUCACAUCGCCCGAAUCGUACGACGCAGUACUGUCCGGGCUCGCAGGAGACGCGCCGCCGUCCUCAGUGGAGCGUCUGGUCUUCAGUUACGACAGCACGCUUCCGGCCAGCUGGGAGCUCCUUCGCAAGCUGCCCCGUCUCAAGACCCUCGGGCUGGUCAAGAUGAGUGGCCUGAGGCUUGGCCGAGACUUCGGCCUUCUACCGCGCACUGUGCGGGGUGUCAGCGUGCUCCACUCGAGCAUAGAAACCGUCGAGGACGGUUGGCUCGCAGAGCUGCCAGACCUUGAGUACGUCGUCAUCCGGGAUUCGAAGCUCCCUCACUUCUCCCGGAGCAUGCUGCCCAUACCAGCACUAAAACUGCGAAGCAUCGACCUCGACUACAAUGACUUGAGCGCCAUCCCGGCGGGCUUCGGCGACGGCUUUCCCGCUCUGGCGUUCCUGGACUUGGAGGGAAACAAGGUCACCACCAUCGAGGAGCGUGAACUCGCCGGUGUGCUGAACGACACCAGCACCGUGGUACUACUGGGAAACAACUGGCUCCACUGCGACUGCAAGCUGGCCCACCUCGGGCGCCACUCGGACCGCCGGCUGCGCGCUCGGUGCCACACUCCGGAGAAAUUGCGAGGACGCAGCGUGCAGAGCCUCACCGACGUCGAACUUAACUGCCCAAGGCGCUAGACGAGUUUCACUCGAUGCGUCUGCCUUGCCUUUCACGCUUAUUUUGUACUAUAUUUAAAGUAACUAAGUCCCGUCUAUGCUAUCUCCAGUAUCUGCUCCACAUAUUUCAAGAGAAACAGACGCAUCAUCAAGGCCGAGAGCGCACCUGGACUCCAGCAACCAGAAGACUCACCAAGAAAUAAAGCCUCUCUAUGCUCAACCA